AUGAAUUAGAAUGCGCUUUUAAUUCUGCUUACAGUGUCUUGUCUUCUUCAGGGUAAGUAAUUGUGUUAUAAUCAAAGGUGGUUUUGGGUGUCCUGCAGGGACUUGGGGAAUAAGCCCUUGUUUACCAUGCAUGAGUGAGUGCGCCACUUGUACUAUUGCUACACAAUGUAAUUCUUGCAAGCCUGGAUACUAUUAUGUAUCAUCUGGACUUGGGCAAUGUCCUGAUUGUUCAUCUACGUGUAAAACUUGCACCUCCUCAAGUUCUCAUUGUACUAGUUGUAACGAUGGUUACUAUUUAUCUGGAUCAAACUGUCCAGCAUGCUAAAGCCCAUGCUCAUUAUGCGUAACAACUAACAGUAAUUGUCUUGGUUGUGUUUCUGGCUAUUAUAUUUCAGGAUCAACAUGCGUAACAUGUUCAAAACCGUGUGCUGAAUGCACUACUUCACCUUCUAAUUGUACAGUGUGCGUAGAUUCAGCUAAUUAAGCAAUUCCUAGUUGUGAUUGCACUCAACCUAAUAAAUAUUUAGAUACAACUACAUAUAUGUGUAAUAAUUGCGUUUCCCCUUGUCUAAAUUGUAGUACAGCAUCAUUGUGUGAUAGCUGUGUGAAUGGAUAUGUAAUAUCUGGACACUCUUGCCAACCUUGCACCAAGCCUUGCGCAAACUGCACUAUUACUUAAACUAAUUGUUAGACUUGUGUUGAUUCAGUGAACUAAACAACUCCCAGUUGUAGUUGUAACAGUGGCUUUAUAAUGAACUUGUCAACCUUUAUGUGUGAUCAAUGUGUUCAUCCAUGUGCAACAUGUCAAAAUUCAGUGACUGAAUGCUAUAGUUGUGCUUCAACAUAUUAAUAUGAUUCAACAGCCCAUACUUGUACUUGCUUAACCAAUUAAUAUGAAACCAUUGGAUUACCUAAAACUUGCUAAAACUGUUCAUCUCCAUGUUUGACAUGUUCAAGCAAUGUUAAUUGCAUUUCAUGUAUAAGUGGAUUAAAUAGACAUAUAUCAGGAAGUAGUUGUAUUUGUGAUGAUGGUUAUUAUGAUAAUGCUGGAGUUUGUACCUUAUGUUCAUUGCCUUGUACAAAAUGCACUUCAUCUACAGUUUGUACAGAAUGCAAUUAAAUAUCCUAUUAGGUGUUAAGUGAUUGUCAUUGCAUGGAUACAUACUAUAUGGAUGGUUCAUUUGAUUGUUAAUCAUGUAAUAGCCCAUGUCUUAACUGUUCAAGUAGCAGUGAUUGUACAUCUUGCAUCAAUAAUUACUAUUUAGACACUACUAAUUGUUUAUAAUGUACAUUACCAUGUUUCAAUUGUGUUGACAUAGAUACUAAAUGUACAUCAUGUGCACACUCUUAUUAAACGGUUUAAACAAAUUAAUGUGUAUGUGAUGAUGGAUAUUAUAUGGAUGCUUCUUAUUAUUGUUAAUUAUGUACUCAUCCUUGUUCUAAAUGUACAAAUACAAGUACAUAUUGCACAGAUUGUGCUAGUACAUUUAUUUCUAGUGGAUCGAAUACUUGUAUUUGUGCAGAUGGAAAAUAUGAAGAAACAACAAAUUCUCCCAGUGAUUGUUAAAGUUGUACUUCACCAUGUGUUAAAUGUGAAAUAACAUCUACUCAUUGUUUAACAUGUAUUGAUACUAAUUAAAGUGUUGAUCCAUCAUCAUAUUAAUGUAUAUGUAAUAUAGGUUGGGUUGCAAAUGGAAAUUAUUGUGAUUAAUGUGUAUCACCAUGUACAUCAUGUUCAGGAACUACAACUUUUUGUACAACUUGUAAAGAUGCUCAUCAUUAAAUUGUAAGUGGAUAAUGUAUAUGUGAAUCAGGAUGGGUAAAUGAUGCCAAUUAUGAUUGUUAACCAUGUGUAUCACCUUGUAGUUCAUGUUCAAUUAAUACAACUCAUUGCGAUUCAUGUUUAGAUAUACAUCAUACUAUUAAUGCUAGUUAUUAAUGCAUUUGUUAAGAUACAUAUUAUUCAGACACUAUAUCACAUUGCGAACCCUGUGUAUUACCUUGUGCAAAUUGUGAUAUCAAUGGAUGUCUUACUUGUAUUGAUACCAAUUAAUAUAUUGAUGCUAGUUUAGAUUGUGUUUGUANAGUUGUAACAGUGGCUUUAUAAUGA